AGCUACUAUUUGAAAAGUUGAAAAGAACGGAAUGCGAUGAUAAAUAGAAGUAUGGUUGACUCCAUAAGCAAAUUAAAAGGAUAGAAAGCAUAUAGUGGACUUCAUCGAUCUUCAUCGAGUGCUUGAGAUGGAAGCAGAUAAGGGCAAGGUAUGUGUUACAGGAGGUACUGGAUUCGUAGCUUCAUGGUUGAUCAUGAGGCUUCUUCGGCAUGGAUACUUCGUCCACACCACUAUUAGACCUGACCCAGAACACGAGAGGGAAGUUAGCUUCUUGACAAGCCUACCAGGAGCUUCCGAGAAACUCCAAAUCUUCCAAGCUGAUCUUAGAUUCCCAGAAAGUUUUGAAGCAGCCAUUAAAGGGUGCACUGGUGUGUUUCAUGUAGCCACUCCUGUUGAUUUUGAAAACAAAGAACCUCAGGAAGUGAUUAUAAAAAGAACAAUUGAUGGAACAUUAGGGAUCUUAAAGGCAUGCUUGAACUCCAAGACAGUAAGGAGAGUUGUGUACACUUCCAGUGUAUCAGCAGUUUGGUUUAGUGAGAAGGACAAGAUUGUGGACACAGUGGAUGAGAGCUUUUGGAGUGAUGUAGAUUACAUGAAGUCCAUUAACUACUUUACUUUUGGUCCCUACAUGAUUUCCAAGACAUUUACAGAGAAGAUAGCUCUUGAAUUUGCAGAAGAGCAUGGAUUGGACCUUGUGACAAUAAUUCCUUCUCUUAUUGUUGGUCCCUUUAUUUGUCCUAAGUUCCCUAGCUCAGUGCACAUAUCAAUGGCUAUGAUUCUGGGUGAGAGGCAGCAAUAUGGUCUUCUUCUCAAUGUAUCAAUGGUGCACACAGAUGAUGUGGCUAGAGCACACAUAUUUCUAUAUGAAUAUCCUGAAGCAAAAGGGAGGUACAUUUGUUCUUCACACACCAUAACCAUUGAAGAUAUGUCGAAAUUUCUUUCUGCCAAGUAUCCAGAGUUCCCAAUACCAACAGUGGAAUCUUUGAAGGAUAUUGAAGGUUAUAAAACCCCAGGAGUGUCUUCAAAGAAACUGUUGGACUCUGGUUUUGAAUUUAAGUAUGGGCUAGAUGAGAUGUUUGACGAAGCUAUCCAAUGCUGCAAAGAGAACGGCUAUCUAUAGCAUAGCUCAUUUUAGAAAUGCCGUAGAAGUUAAGAGUUCAAAAUACGCCUGAAGGUUCUUUUGUAUUAAAAUUGGAUUCAGAUUCCCCCUUUCGUGUUUGUUUUGAUUCAAACAAUUUCCUUGGUAUCAAUUUUUUUUUUUUUUUUUAUUUGAAUUAAACUUAUGUUUACUGAUAAAUGAGAUUGAGGUUAUGUUUAACUUAA